AGAGUGUGAUUUCAGAGUUGACACAGGUAUCAAAACGAUCGAGAAAAACUGUAAACUGGUCUUCAGUGCUCAGCGAAUAUAGGCUAGAAAUAAGUAAUCAUCAUGUUUACUCAAAUGAAAGUUUAGCUAUCAAACUAUACAGCGUUAGAGUAACAAUGCAUUAUCAUUACAAAUAGGCUAGCCUACUUCCUGGAAAUCGUUUCCAUCAUUCCUUUCCUCUCCCCAUCCCAUUUCUAUUAGCCUUUUUGUUCAAGGCGAAUUUUCCCCUUAUUUGAUUAGUGACGCGUCCCAUACCGACCUGGGUAUUUUCUCACCUUCCCCGCCAUGGCAAGUAAACAGGUGGUCCUAUUUGCAUGUUUCCAACCUAUCUUUAAUAUUUGUUCACACACGGCGGACGGCAGAAUUCCCCUGAAAUUCCUGGAGUCCCCAAGCAUUUUUGACGGUCUAAUGAAAAAAUAUAUUGAUAGCCUAGACUAGAGAAUACUACAUACCUCAAUUUAUUCCACCAUAGCAUUGCCUCCAGCACAUUGCAGAUAAGUGGCACGCCCUGUAAAGCUUGCGGAAUUAUAAACGGCAACACUAUAUUUAAAUUGUAGACUGGGCUAUUACAUUAGCGUCAUGCAUGCAGGUACAUGAUACGACUUUGGGGUACGGAUACUCAGGCACAUGAUCCGACUUGUAAAUCUUCCAAACCAUGACACGUCCAGGACAGAUAAUCACAUCAUCUAUUGAUGAACUGUUGUAGCGAGUUGUUUUUUAUGUAUCAAAGACAAGGUUAAAAUCACAUAUUAGGCCAUCUUCAUCAUCACUGGCCUUUGUAAAAGUACACUGAAAUACACAAGGUGCAUAACUUCUUCAAAAUACAAAAUCUUUAAAGCCGGUCCUAUCAGUAUAAACGCCAGGCCCUGAUCUGACAUGCAUUGGGCAUCUCUACACAGCUGGAAUUGUGAGACUGUGGACUUGACUUAGGCUAUGGUUCAUAAGUAUGGACCAUACCUGCAUCAUGCUAUGGUCAGGACAGGUCACUCAAGAGGGUGGAACUGACCACACCACCACACACGCCAUCACCAGUUACUACCUGAUGUUGCCAGGUCGGGUGGUUUUCUGCGAAUAUGGGAAAAGUGAAAUUGCAUAUGGUUGUUCUGUCCCCGAGAUAAGAUUACCAUUGCGUGAUGGGUGUGGGUCAUGGUGGACAGAUGAUUCCUGGGUCUGGGUUAAGAUAUGGAUUAUUUUAACAGUCAAACAGCUAGAAAUGCUCUCGUUCAGUUAACAAAACUAUCUUCUGGUUGGCCGACGGUGGAUGAAAAUGAAAAUAGACAAAACCUCCUACACACUACUCUAGAUCGAACUUGUUUUAAUGACGUUCAUAAAGACCCUGUGCUUUUUGGCCUUUGCUAUGGAUUGUUAACCAUCUGGCAACCUAGCCCAUUCUUGGAUUACACGACAAUGGGACCUGGGUAUGUAUGCGCUCGGACAGUGGCGAGAACAAGGUCAGAGAAGUAGUGCCCUUCAAAAUAUAGACUAAAUAUACGCGGAAAUCGCCAGGCAAGCAGGUCAUUAUAUUGUUUGUGUUACAUGGUUGUGUUCCCUGCUGCAUUUAUUUUGCUCAACGACCGGGCAUGGUUACCAAGGACGCAGGACUGGAGACGCGCAAGACUGCGGAAUUAAUCCUACAACAAAGGAAAGAGGUAGAUCUGGGCUAUCAAUUGCGCACUUGAGUGAGUGUUGCCCUAAUGGUAACCUCUCGACAAUUAAACAGACGUCUCCGUGCCCUAUGUCAGUGAGAACUUUGAAGGAAAUGAGAUUUAAGCGACGCAAACGGGGACAGAUAGCAAGAAAACGCCGGACGCACACUCGAAAGUAGGCUUGGAGAGGGCGUGAGGUGAACUGUCAUCGCCUAUCCAAUGGAGAAGUAUGAGAAGCUGGCUAAGAUCGGUGAGGGAUCCUACGGCGUUGUUUUUAAAUGCCGCCACCGAGAAACUGGACAGAUCGUGGCCAUUAAAAAGUUUGUAGAGUCAGAAGACGACCCGGUCAUCAAGAAGAUCGCUCUGAGAGAGAUUCGGAUGCUGAAGCAGCUGAAGCAUGUGAAUCUGGUCAACCUGCUGGAGGUCUUCAGGAGGAAGAGACGCCUGCAUCUGGUCUUUGAGUUCUGUGAACAAACCGUCCUCAAUGAGCUGGAUAAACACCCAAGAGGGGUACCAGAGGCCCAACUGAAGAGUAUAGUGUGGCAGACACUCCAGGCUGUCAACUUCUGCCAUAAGCACAACUGCAUCCACCGGGACGUGAAGCCUGAGAACAUCCUGCUGACCAAGACUGGAGUCAUCAAGCUGUGUGACUUCGGCUUCGCUCGCAUCCUCACGGGGCCUGGGGAUGACUACACGGACUACGUGGCAACACGCUGGUACCGCUCGCCAGAGCUGCUGGUUGGCGACACGCAGUAUGGCCCACCGGUGGACGUGUGGGCGCUGGGCUGUGUCUUCGCCGAGCUGCUCAACGGGAACCCGCUCUGGCCUGGGCGCUCCGACGUCGACCAGCUCUACCUCAUCCGCCGCACGCUGGGUGACCUGAUCCCCCGUCACCAGCAGGUGUUCCGCUCCAAUGUCUUCUUCAGCGGAGUCAGCAUCCCAGAGCCUGAUACCAUGGAGCCACUGGAGAAGAGGUUCCAGGGAGUGUCCCCUCAGGCCCUUACUGUUAUGAAGUCCUGUCUGGUGAUGGAUCCGUCUCUGAGAUUGUCCUGCGAGGAGCUGCUGGAGCUGCCCUACUUCCAGGAGGACGGGGCCGCACCUGUUGGGCGCGACAGCGAGAGGACAGGGAGACGCCACGAGAAGGGCUCCCGCCGCCGGGGACCAGGGCCCCAGUACCUGCCGCAGCUUGCUGGGAGUAACGUCUCGCCAGCACCCGAGCACAAGAAACAGGUCAAACCCAAAUACGACCACCACCUACCCAACAUCUAAACACAAGAUGAAACAAGAGAGAGAGACAGAGAGAGAGAGAGAAAGGGAUGAGAGAAGGAUACUGUAAGAGACAUUUUAUGCUGUACAGCCUCGAGGAGAGAAAGUGAGGAGAGGAGUGUACAUUUCAGUGGUUGGAUGCGUGCGUUGGUGCUGUGAGUACAUUUAUCUACUGACGUACAGGAGGAUGCAACCAUGGCCUUAAGUGGGAGCUUGUGUUGCAUUACACUGUUGAGAGUUUACUGCUACACUAACAUUAACAAGGCUGUAGUGUACGUAGAGGACCACUGUCC